AUGGCGAGCGCGGGGAAACAGGCCCAGACAGGUAAGGAGUCGGAUGCGACGCCUAGCAACCCCCGUGGUAUCCCAUACGCCCCCUUUGUCGACAAGGUCGAGGACUAUGUAGCCACGCGCGAGGAUGUCGAGCCCACCCUGAAGAGCUUCCAAGAGAUGAUCUCGAAAUAUCAGUUUAUGGAGGUCAACCUACAACGGAGGAUGGCUGGUCUGCGCGAUAAGAUCCCCGAUAUCCGGAAGACGCUCGAGACAGUACAGUUUUUGAAACUCAGAAAGGAUGCGACAGAUCCGAUCGAAACCACCUUUGAGCUCAACGAUACCCUGUAUUCGCGGGCGAAUAUCCCACCGACCGACGAGGUGAACAUCUGGCUGGGCGCCAAUGUGAUGCUUUCAUACCCGAUUGACGAGGCCGAAGCCUUGCUGAGCACCAAGCUUGCCACGGCAAAGACAAGCUUGUCCAACUGCGAGGAAGACUUGGACUUUUUGAGGGAGCAGAUCACGACCAUGGAAGUGGCCAUCGCUCGGGUGUACAAUUGGGAGGUUGUCCAGAAGCGCAAGGAAAAGGGCGAGGAAGUAGCCGACAAAUCAAAAACGAAGGAAAUCGGUGCGUCGCCGAAUGACUGA